AUGACUAGUAACAAUUAUAUUGAUGUUGAUGAUGUUAGUACUGAAAGUGAAGACAUUAUUAUUGAAGAUAUUGGUGUUGAAGGUGAAAAUAUUAAUUUUGAAGUCGAAAGUACUGAUAUAGAAGUUGAUAAUUCUGCUAGAAGUAUUAAUAGUGGCAA